CUCCCUUUUCCUCAGGCCGCACUCCAUCUCUUCUUCUACCCCUGCACUCCCCCACUCUUCCAUCGCCAAUCCUCUCUCGACCUCCUCGCCGAUCGAGAUCCUCUUCUCUCUCCCGAGAGCUGGCUGGAUCUUGCUUUUUUGUAUCAUAGAAGAGCUCAGAAUCCCAGUCUUCGAUCGUCGAGCUUUUCUUGUCUGAUCUGCGGGAGGAAGAAGAGGUUUAGUCAAGAUGUCGACCGACGUAGGAUUCUCUGGAGAUGAAACCGCUCCCUUUUUCGGCUUCAUCGGAGCUGCUGCUGCGCUCGUCUUUUCAUGCAUGGGAGCGGCGUAUGGAACAGCCAAGAGUGGAGUGGGAGUUGCAAGCAUGGGUGUGAUGAGGCCCGAGUUAGUGAUGAAAUCUAUUGUGCCAGUGGUCAUGGCUGGAGUGUUGGGUAUUUACGGAUUGAUUAUUGCUGUCAUCAUUUCCACUGGAAUCAACCCUAAGGCCAAACCCUACUACUUGUUCGACGGGUAUGCCCAUCUGUCCUCCGGAUUGGCUUGUGGAUUGGCAGGACUGUCAGCUGGUAUGGCCAUCGGAAUCGUCGGAGAUGCUGGAGUGAGGGCCAACGCUCAGCAGCCCAAGCUGUUCGUCGGAAUGAUUCUUAUCCUUAUUUUCGCUGAGGCGCUUGCUUUGUACGGUCUUAUCGUUGGAAUCAUUCUCUCAUCUCGCGCUGGUCAAUCUCGAGGAGAGUAGGGACCUAGUUUUGCCGAUCUGCAUGCCUCCCUCGGCUGGCUUGAGUGCAGAGCAUGAUUGGUUAGAUAUGCGUUGUUUUGGUUGAUGAAUAUUGGAUAGAUCUUGAAGCUGGAAAGAAAACCAUAAAAUUCUUUUUGAUACCACAACUGGUAUAGCUCCCACCACUCGAAACCUUCCAGUGAGACCGAACGGAUGCACGGACGUAGAUCUAGAUCUAGAGUUGAUCUUUUGUGAGUUGUAAUAACUGUGGCUACAUUUGUACAUGUUCUUUCAAGGCCAUGUCUUCCUGGAGGUGAAGAUCGUCUGAUCCAUACGUGAUCCAUGUUAAUAAAUACCAAUCGAGGCAGAAACACUUUAAUUUUAUAAUAUAUUUAGUUUAGCACAUCAAACAGCUUCUCGAUCAGCAAUGCUGUAAGAUGAUGUUUGUUGGAAGAGUUAUCUAUAUGUCUUUGGGCUGUGUA